AAUAAACCACAAGAUUACAUCCCACACGCCCAGAAAUCAAAUGGGAAUUAAAUAACAUCCCCAAAUGGAGACACAGGGAACUGCAGAUGCUGAAAUCCUACGCAAUAUACAAAGUGCUGGAGGAACUUGGCGAGCCAGGCAGCAUCUGUGGAGAGAAUGGACAGACAAGUAUUUAAUUGUCAAAUGUACUGGGGCCGGAUCAAUUAGGGCUGGAGGGAGGAGGGAUUAUUAAAACAGAUGAUUUUCCCUGUAAUAAUAACUCCUGUAAUUAUUGGUAUGUACAUGAUAUUUUGACAAGCAUUUAAUAUUGGUGCCAGAAUAUAGUUGCAACACCAUUCUGCAAUCAGAUGGAGGGAGCAUCUAGAUAUGUCUAGACAGUUCAGUGGUGAUGUGAUUAAUAUGCCCUGUAUAGGUAGGAACUGCAGAUGCUGGUUUAAACCAAACAUAGACACACAAAGCUGGAGUAACUCAGCGGGACAGGCAGCAUCUCUGGAGAGAAGGAAUGGGUGACGUUUCGGGUCGAGACCCUUCUUCAGACUAAUUAAGAUGCCUUUCUGUUUGUGAAGGGAGUUUUGGAACAGAGGCUCCGAGCGGCAGCUGCUGAACCCCGACCCCUGCCCACUCCACCCGGGUCACCAGAUACCCAGAGAUCCACAGAACCUCCUGGAUAGUGAAGGUGGGCCGGGUGGGUGAGAGAGUGGCUCGGCAGGAAGAGGGGGAUAUCGCCCCAUCUUCCCCCCCCCACCACCAGCAACGGAGACCACCACACUGUCCCCACCUCCUCACCCCACCAACUCCACCUGGACCAGUAGAGACACAGCCAGGGAGUUAUAGAGUGAUACAGCAUGGAAACAGGUUGCUAUUGAAUCUUAUCCCCUUCACCUUAAACCUAUGUCCUCUGGUCCUCGAUUCCCCUACUCUGGGCAAGACACUUUACGCAACUAUUCCUCUCAUGAUUUAGUACACCUCUUUCAGAUCACCCCUCACCCUCCUGCGCUCCAAGGAAUAGAGUCCCAGCCAACGCAACCUCUCCCUGUAGCUCACACCUGUCCUCCUUGCAACAUCCUCGUAAAUCUUCUCCGUGCCUUUUCCAGCUUGCCAACAUUGCCAAGGGCUACUGUAGCUGGGUUGGGUUGGAGGGAUAGCUAAAGACCCUCUAUGCUCGUGGUGGGAUGUCCCAUGUCUGUGCCUCUAGUGUUCAGCUUGCCCAUGUACCCCUCCCUCAUGCAGACCCUGGGCUGAGGGUGGACCCUCUGCAGCUGCCCCUCAAGGUGGGGGCAUCUGGAGGAGGUGGCCGGGGCAGCCGGCGUUGGGAAUGGCUGGGCCUGGCGCUGCUCCUGGCUCUUCCCGCGGCCUCUCCGGACAGUGCCGAGCUCUACCUGGUCUGCUGUGCCCUGCUGGGAUCCGGUGGCCUCUGCUGGUCCCUGCUGGGGCACACCCGCCUGGCCCGGGCCUGCUGGGAUUCCUGCGGGGCGCUGGGCUUUGUGGGGCUCUCCUGCCUCCUGCUGGCCUGUGCUGGGCCUGCUGGGAUGUGUGUGGUCGCUGCCUGUGUGGCGGUGGUGUGGAGAGGUCCAGCCCAUCCACUUCUGCUGGCGCUGAGCUGGGGGGGGUUUCUCAGCCUGCUGUGGCUGUUGGAGACGGACGUGUGGGCCUGGUGGGUGUGCUGUGCUGUGCUGGGAGUCGCUGGCUCCUGCUGCUCUCUGCUGGGCCUCUGCAGGGCUGCGGGGCUGUGGCGAUGGUGCUGUGGGGCCCAGGGCUAUGUCGGGCUGUGCCUCCUCCUCGCUGCCCCAUUCGGCCUCCUGUGGGCUGCUCCCGGCACCGUCACCCUUGCCCUGGCACUCCAACGCCCCUAUGCCCAGCCCUGGCCCACAGCUGCCCUGCUGGGAUACACCAUCGCCCUGCUGGGAUUCACCGCCACCUGGUGCUUGCUGCUGGGGAACCCUGAGAUCCCAGUGCUGGCUCUCACCACUGCCGCCUGUGCAUGGUGGCGUCUGACCCCUGCCCACCGUCACUGGCUCCCCACCCAGGAAGAUGCAGGGCCAGGGGUGUAA